GCUUGUGGCGGUGGUUGUUAUUUUUUGGUUUUGGUUUUUAGUUGCUGUUUAAACCUGGUCGUGAGAGGGUAGCAGCCCCGUUUUCAGACGUUUCGUCACCCCGUGAUCCCCAGAAAGAAAGCAAGAGUGAAGGCAUAACGGUCGAUAGUGCAGUGCAGUGACAUCGGAGCCCAGCACCUCCAGCGCAUCCUGAUGGCCCCCGUGAGCGCCGCCGCUGCCGUUUCCUCGCCUACCGCCACCCACUCGCUUCAGGACAUGAGUGCAGCCGCUGCGGCCAUCGCGCUAGACAUGAAGCCACGGGGCGAGUGCCAUCCUUUGCUAUCCAGCGCCGCCCUGCCCUCUCAGAAGAUCAAGAAACUGGUGCGCCGCAACGCCUCCGACAAGCUGAAGCUCAUCCAGAUGGUCCACGAUAAUCCAAUCCUCUGGGACUCCCGCCUGCCAAAUUUCAAGGGUGCCGAGGAGGAGAAAAGCCGCGCCUGGGAGCAUAUUGGACGCGAGUUCAACGCCCCCGGCCGCCGCGUAGCACGGGCCUUUAAGUCCCUUCGCGAGUCCUACCGCAGGGAGCUGGCCCAUGUAAAGCUGAUGGGCAACGGGUUUAAGCCCAAGUGGAGCCUCUACGAAGCCAUGGAUUUCCUACGGGAUGUCAUCAGGGAGAGAAAGGGAGCUGCGCAUGCCACCGAUCUCAGCUUGAGCGCGUACGCUCAAUUGCAUAAUAAUAAUAACAAUAUUAAUAAUAACACCCAAUGCGUCGUGGGAGCAACCGGAAAAUCAACGGGCCUGAAGGUCUCAUCGUCCUUUACCGAGUCAGCUGCAGCGCUCAAUCUCUCUAAGUGCUCAUCGCUGAAUGUGAGCGGCGACGACUACUACUGCGAUUAUUACGUGAAGCCAGAGCUGGAUCUCUCGGCGGGGGGCGGCGCCGGCAGCAGCAGCAGUGCCAGUAGCUCUGGUGGAGGAAGCGGCAUACCACCCACUUUGCCGCUUCCCGCCCAUCAGCACCAGGCGCCCAACGACAGCCGGGUCAGCUCGACACGUAACGAGCACCAACGCCAUCAGCGUAAUUAUGAGGACAUGGAUGCCAGCUCACUGCGCAGCGGGGAUGAGGACGCCGGCCACGGAUCUGACGCAGUGGAGGAACUGGACGCUAUAGACGCUGACUUUCCCUAUCCCCUCAUUCUUGAUUCUAACUCGCCGGUGGGUACCAAUGCCGUCGACGAGGUGGGCCUAUCUUGCAAGCGGCGUCGCAACGGCGACCAGGACGGCCUGGAGGACGGAGAUGCUGAUGCUAUAGCCGAUGGGGACGACUACGAGGAUCAAAUGUUGCAGCAACACAGACACUUACGCCAACAGCAGAGCUCUGCUGUCCCAGAAGGGUUGGAUCUGCCACCACCGCAAACUGUACGCGAGGUCCUCAACUCCAAGUUCUGCGGAUUCAUCUCGGCAAAACUGAACAGCAUGGAGGAUUCAGAGGCGGACAACCUAAUGAACCGUAUCCUCCUGUUGCUCGUGCAAAUGCAACAGUGCGAGGGGGCUGCCAAGUAAGGAGCCCGUCGAAAAGUUGGCCGAAUGCUCUGGGUGUAGUUUUAACAGCCAAGAAAGGCGCAUCAUCCUUGAUGCAGCUGCUCAAAGCAAAAAAUUGUGGACAAUUUUCUACCAUAACCCUUGCCAUAUAAUAUGUGUAAACCUACUUGCCAAUACCAAAUCAGUGCCAUACCAAAAACAUCAAAGAAGCAACUAUAAAAAUGGUUAAAUCAAUAUAAAAAAUUCCUCUGCUCUCAUUUACAACAAAGAACUUAUACUUUAAGAAAAGACAACAAAUAUAAUUAGAAAAUGUAAGAGAUUAAGUAUACUACGAGGUAAAUGUUAAUUUCGUUUUAGGUCGAUCAACCGUAGAUCAGUCAUACAUUAAUGGCUAAACGCCUCAUCACAUGAACUAUACUUUUACAACGAACACACUAUGUAUGCUGAUCAUCUCGAGGAUCUUAUUAGAUUUAAGAACUAAACCAAUACAAAUUGUUUCGAAUAAAGGAAAAAGAUUUUUUGUGGUUAGUUUUAUAUUGAAAUGUAAAACGGCGUUUAAAAUCCGUUAUGAAAAUGUAUAAUAAUCGAUAUAAACGGCCGUACUUUUUGAAAAAAAAAAACGGCUAAAUUAAAUUCAAUUUGAAAUAAACUACAAAAACUGGUUAGAUAUGUUUUUAAUCUGCCUCAAAUGAA